AUGGAUGCUUUCAAAAGAAAUUCUGCUCGGAAAUGGUCUUAUAACUUCAUUAAGCCUCAUACAAAUUUAAAAUUAAAGUUAGUUCAACCAUUCGAAAAACCACAUGUUGAUGUACGAGCUAGUAAUAUUGAAAAAUGGUUGAAUUUAUUAGUUGCAAGAUGGUCAAAAUGGUUUCGUGAAGAUCGAGAACAGAUUGAAGAUGAAACACGACCUGACAGACCAGUAACAUUCGAAAACAUCGAACAAGUUCAUUGUCUUAUUGAUGAUGAUUCUCAUAUUACAAUUGAUGAAAUCCAAGUGAAAACUGGUCUGAAUCAAGGGACUAUCGAGCGACGUAUUUACGAUCAUAUGAAGCUGAAAAAAGUUACUACUCGUUGGAGGCCCAACCAACUGACUGAUUCUCAACGAGCUGAACGAAUUCGAAUAUGUAAAGAAAAUUUAGCAAAAUUUGAACAAGGAACAUGGCGAUCAUCUGACGUAGUACAGGUGACAAGUCAUGGUUCUAUCAUAAACAAAUCAACCGAAAGUCGCCCAAUGCUGCCUGAGUAG